AUGGCAGGCCGGAAGUAUCACGAUCUGGCGAUCCGCGCGGUCUGCGUUUACCUCAAAGCCGACGGCAAGAGCUCUUCUGCGACUUCUGCGAUCACUGGCAUCCCGACGAAAACCGUGACAAACCUUUACCGCCGUGCCUGCGACCGCGGCUUCGAUCUGACGGCGAGGCCGCUGGUGAUGAAGGAUGAAGGGCUUCAACGUAAGCCCGUAGACGGUUCUGCGGAUUCUGCACAAGUCGAAUUUUCGAAAAACGAAGCCGACGAGGAAGCCGGGGCUGUCGCCGGCGAUGCGGAAGGCGCGGCUUGA